GCAACUAUAUCAUCUCAAUCUCUAACUCUAACGAUCUUUUUGCAUUACAGACUGAUCCAUAUCUCCAUAUCUCCAAGAACCAUGAACUUUUCUACAGCUCUUAUAUUUCUCCUUACUGUAUUGGAUAUUCUUGUUUAUUAUUUACAGAAACAACACGAGGAAGACAACGGUGAGCAGAAGAAAUCAUCCCUGUCAUCAUCAUCAUCGGAUCAACAACUAUCGCUACACGAAGAAGAACAUGAUCAGAGGAAGGAUUUAUCUUCAUCACGGCUACUGGAUAAAAGAUGUCGAUGUUUUUCACUUGCUGAAAUCAAAUUGGCCACCAAUGAUUUUGAUGAUGCGUUUGUAAUCGGAAAGGGAGGGUUUGGGAAGGUAUACAAAGGUAAGAUUGACUUCGGGGAAGAAGGAAUUGAUGUUGCUAUUAAGAGGUUGAAUCUUGACUCCAAUCAAGGAGUAACCGAGUUCAAGGCAGAGAUUGAGAUGCUUUCCAAGUUUCGCCAUAGUCACAUCGUCUCUCUUUUAGGAUACCAUGAAGGAUCCGAUAAAAGAGAAAUGAUCAUUGUUUAUGAAUACAUGCCUAAUGGAAGUCUUGAGGAUCAUUUGCAUAAAAGAAAAGUUAACGGAAGUAAUUCCUCUCUUCUGACGUGGGUCCAAACGCUCCAAAUCUGCAUAGGUGCUGCUCGUGGUUUGGACUACCUUCAUUCGGGUACAGGUGUCAGAUCCAGAGUCAUACACCGUGAUAUCAAGAGCUCAAACAUCUUGUUGGACGAGAAUUUAGCAGCUAAAGUUUCUGACUUCGGCUUGUCCAGGAUUGGUCCAGCAAAUCUGGUGGGGACCACUAAUGUUUAUACUGACCAAAUCAAAGGAACAUUUGGGUACAUGGAUGCUGAGUAUUUUUCAACUUGUAGACUGACACGAAAGUCUGAUGUGUAUGCAUUUGGUGUGGUGUUAUUGGAAGUGUUAUGUGGUAGGCCUGCUCUGGAUUUUACAUUAGAUGAGCAGCAACAUAGUCUAGCUGUAUGGGCUAAAAGCUGCAUCAAAGAAGGUAAGAUUGAUCAAAUCAUUGAUCAAUGUUUAAAGGGACAAACAACAGGUAAUUGUGUUAAAGAAUUUGGGAGGAUUGCAUAUGAAUGUGUUCUUACUCGUUCAAAGGAUCGACCCACAAUGAGUCAGGUGGUAGCUAGGCUUGAGUUUGUGUUAGCAUGGACACUGCAAAGUGGGCCCAGUGCUCGUGAUCGAAAACAAAUUGGACGAGCCAUGUUUAUUGAAAAAGCAUGGUCAUUGUUCUUGAUUAAAUCUCCAAAAAGUCGUAUGAGUUCUCCUACAAAGAAACUAGGACAAAGUAUUUACAACAAAAAGACAAGUGUUGCAACUGGUUCUCAGAAGGUGUUGCUACCUAAUGCUAACACAAAGAUACCAAUCUUGAAGAUGUUUACAUUUUCUGAGCUACAAAGUGCAACAAAGAAUUUCAAGCAGGAGAUGUUUCUUGGAGAAGGUGGUUAUGGGAAGGUUUACAAAGGGUGGUUGGACAGUGUAACAUUUGCCCCACGAAAGCCAGGUGAUGGGCUUGCUGUGGCCAUUAAGAGAUCCAGCCCCAACAGGACUCAAGGUCUUAAUGAAUGGCAGGCAGAAGUGAAAUUCUUGGGAACAUUUAGCCACCCAAACAUUGUUAAACUCUUUGGAUAUUGCUGGGAAAACAAGGAGUUUCUUCUUGUUUAUGAAUUUAUGCAAAAAGGAAGUUUAGAUAUGCAACUCUUCAGAGAAGGUGUAGAACCACUUCCAUGGGACACAAGGAUUAAAAUAGCCACAGGAGCAGCUCAAGGCCUUGCUUUCUUGCACACUACAGAAAAUAAUGUCAUUUGUAGGGAUGUGAAGUCCUCAAAUAUUUUACUAGAUGGGGAGUUCAAUGCAAAGCUUUCCGAUUUUGGACUUGCAAAGUCAGGUCCUGUCAAAGGAGAGUCUCAUGUCUCAACAGACAUAGCAGGCACCUAUGGUUACAUGGCUCCUGAGUAUAUUGCCACUGGUCGUUUAUAUGUGAAGAGUGAUGUUUAUGGUUUUGGGGUGUUGAUGUUGGAGAUCAUAACAGGGUUACGCGCAUCUGAUUAUAAUCAAGAUGGCAUGAAGCAAAACUUGGUGGAAUGGGCUACACCUUUUUUAACUGAUAUAAAGAAAUUGGAAAAAAUUAUGGAUCCACGUUUGGGACAAAACUACCCUUCAGAAGGUGCUAGUAAAGCAGCUGAGCUCAUACUAAGUUGCCUUGAUUCGGACCCUAAAAACCGGCCUUCCAUGGAGGAAGUUGUAUUGGGUUUGCAAGUUAUUGGUUCGGUCAAAAUGGAACCAGGGCGGUCAACGUCUAGCACCAGGGGUUCGAUGAGCCCAUGCAGCGAACAAAGUUGCCCUUGGUCUCCCCUUCGUGGAAAGCAAGGGAGGGCAGUUUGGUCAAUGAGCACUCGGUUGUUAGGUUUAAAUGUGUGCCUUGGACUCGGUUCAAAGGAAGACAGAACUUGGAUGGAAACAAACUGUUCCAAAACCAGAAAAUGGGGAAAUUGAAGUGAGAAUUAGUUGGUAUGUCUAAUACAAUGAAGUACCAAGUUGUGAUGAGUAGUUACUGAUUUGUGUUUAAAGUUUUUUAACCGGUUGUGAUUAUGAAUAUGUAAUUUUUAUGUAGGGUUAAUGUCACAUGUUGGUCGAGUAUUGCCAUUUUGUUGUGUUAGUUCCUAAUCACUUAUUUGUAUACUAUGUAUUUGAAUUAUAUGGUCAACAUGUAAGCAAAAGAGCAAAUUGCAAAUUUGGUGUCCUUUUUUGGGGUUUUUUGUUUAUGUGGGGCCAAAAUUGCAAAUUUGGUCCUUAUCAACAAGUUUCAUGAUAGUUUUGGUCCUUAGAGAUAACCCCAUUAUGUCCCAUCCGUU